AUGGCUCUGAGCUCCUGGUCCCCUGAGCUGGGGUUCGGCGAGAAGGUGGUGCAGGUGACCGCUGUCUCCACGGGCCCCUCCCUGGAGUUAUGCACUUUCCCGUCCACCCUCGGCUCCUCGGUCGCGGCUGCCGCCCUGGAUCAGCUCUUUGUUGUGGAACAAUCACUGCAAAGCGAUUAUUUUAAAUGCAAUGAAGAAGCUAGGACAUUUCUUAAGGACGUUGCUGUCGCUGUUAAGAAAUUGGAAGAAAUGAGAAAAGCCACAAUUGAUCUUCUGGAAAUUGAAAGCAUGGAAUUCAGCAGACUAUAUUUUCUACUGGAAACUCUUCCCACUGAUGUUAGCAGAGAAUUGGAAGAAUGUGUCAAGGAUGCUCGAAGAUUAAAUCUUGUUGAGAUAAAUCAGUUACACACGAAAAUUACAAGGAUGAACAAUGAAAUAGAGUUUCUGAAGAAGAAUAUACUCAAACUGAAAAAAAUUAAUAAAGCUCUGGGUGAACAGCAAGAGGAGAUAGCAAGGCAGCAUGAAAAGAUUGUCCUGUCACUCAACCACGCAAUGAAAGAAAAAGCCAUUACCAGCAUUUACAUCAAUGAGACUUACACCAAAAUUAACUUGGAGAAGGAAGAAAUAGAAUUGCAAAAAAAAUAUAUUCAAGAAGUAGAGGAGCAAAUGGGAAAAGAAAAACAAGAAUAUUUGAAAAGAAAACAAAAAUUGAAUCAAGAAAUUGAUGAAUAUAACAAAUUCUGUGAAUUAAAGAGAAAGGAGACUUACAAAAAGAAGACAGAAUUGGAUGGAUUAAAGCUUAAAAUGAAAAAAAUUAGAGAAACAAUUACUGCCAGCACAGGGGUUCUUAGUGAUGACAAUUUAAAGAUAGCACAGUUACACGAAUCAAUAAGAUUUUGGGAACAACAAGCUGAAGACAUUAAGAAAUCCUGUAAGGACCUGGAGGACAAAGUGGUUUUUUUUAGGAAUAACAAGGAAGACCUGGAUGAUUCAUCUAAUUGUGAAAAAAAUGAAUUAUUGCUGAAAAUAAAACAGAUAGCUGAAAAACUACACAAAUAUCAUCUAGAGAACAAAGAUCUACGAGAGAAAUUGAAUGCUGUUACCAGACAAUAUAAGAUUGUCUUAAAUGAGGAGGAAAAAGUUUUUAUGCAGAAACAGAAAUUGUAUGCUGAAAAUCAGAAACAACUGUCAUUUAUAACUCAGAAAGAAAACUUCCUAUCAAAAAGAAGAGUAGACAUCAAAAAUAUGGAAGAAGGACUUCUCACCCUCAAGGAUCUUCAUCGAGCAACAAAGGAAGUAUAUCAGAAACAAAUAAAAAUCCUGAAUGAUAACCUGGAAAGAGAAAAUCAGAGAUGUGGCAUAACUCAGUGGAAAAUAGCUUGUUUACUAAAAAAACAUGCACGUUGGACUGCCAGGGUAAAGGAUGAAAUGCAAGAAAUUAUAAAUAAAAUUCAGGAAGCUGAACUUAAACGCAGCGACUUACUACAAGAGACCAAUCUUAGAGAAAACAAGGUCAAUGAAUUUUUGGCACAGAUUGAACAACUUACAAUAGAAUUAAAAAGAGAGGAGGAGGAAUUUGUUGUCAAAGAAAAAAAGUUAAUUCAAGAGUUGAGCAAGUAUGAGCAAAGAUUUGUCAAGGAAAUGCAAAUUAACAAAAUAAAGGAGGACGAGCUAGGCGAGUAUCUUCCACAACUUCAGGUGGCAGAAGAAGAGUACACAGACAGAAACAGAAAAUUCAGAGAGCUCGCUGAUAUUCUUACAGCACAAAAGCAGGAGCAGAAUUUACUGAAUGAUCAGAUUGCUCAAUUGUCAAGAGACUUUUUAAGAUAUUUUAACGAUGCGGAUAAAGUGAAGCAAGAAUUAAAACAAUUACGAGAUCACGAAAGCUAUAAAAUCAGAACUCAUUUUGAAAUUCUGAAGGUCUUAGAAAAUGAAAUCUAUGUACAUGACCUAAAAGCGGAUGCUUUGCUCGUGGAAAAUGAAAGGUUGAAAGAGUAUAUUGCAUACAUAAAGAACAGCAUGGAGGAAUACAAAAAGGGAGGAGACGACCUCACGUGCACCUCAAAUGACCUGUCCUGUCAGCUGAUAGCUCUUCAGACACAAUAUUCAGAUUUGUGGGCCGAAUUUCAAGGUACACUUAAGGAAUUGGUACAGAGCAGUAAUGAGACCUUGCGAGAAAUAAAAAAUCUAGUAGAAAAGCUGAAUGCGAGAGAUGAAAACAUUGAGCAAAUCAGUGUCUGGCUACAAGGGAAUCUUGAAGAGCUGCAUUCUCUUAUGGAACAGGAAUCACAAAUGAACCUUCCUGAAAGUAAGAAGAAACAGAGUCGUAUCAAAAGAAUCCAUUUCCCAGUGGUUGAAUGUACUAUGAAAAAAAGUAAACAAAAACUAACAAAAUAACUUAAAGGAUAC